AUGAAUGAUCGUGAAAUAGGUAAUUUUACUAAUUAUAUGUAUCCUUUUGUUCAGGAUAAUGGUAAUAUAAGACCAAGGAAUCCUUUUGAAAUUAAUAAUUUACAUACGAAUGAUAAAAAUAUUUUUGAUUCACCAGAUAAAUUUGGGCAGAUGACUAAAGAAACAGAUAGUUCAAUUAUUGAAGUUACUUCCGAUUAUUUUAAUAAUCAAUUUGCCAUCUUUUCAAAACUUCGAGAAGAUGGACAUUUUUGUGAUUUUGUUAUUAAAUGUGCAAAUAUUUCUUUUUCUGUUCAUCGUAUUGUUAUAUGUGGUUUAAGUGAAUUUUUUAAAGCUAUGCUUACAAAUAAUAUGGUAUCAAACUGUAAUACAAAUUCAAUUUCAUUAUCUUAUAUUUGUCCUGAAACAAUGGAAGCUAUUAUUAAUUUUGCCUAUACAGGUAAAAUAAAAAUUAGUGAAAGAAAUGUUGAAGAUGUUGCUUCAGCAGCAAGUUAUUUACAAAUACCUAUUCUUCUAGAUCAUUGUGUUAAUUAUAUGACUAGAAGAAUUAAAUAUACUAAUGCUGUUAAAAUAUAUAAAUUUAUAAAAAGUAUUCGUGGUGAUACUGAUAGAGGAAGUAUGAGAUAUAUAGAAAAACAUUUUUUACAACUUUCAAGAACUACAGAUUUUCUUCAGUUAGACUAUGAUGAAUUUUAUGAAAUUCUUAAGUCUGAUCAUUUAUUAGUUGAUAGUGAAUUACAGGUACUUGAAGUUAUUUUAUCAUGGAUUAGUUAUGAUAUUCCAAAUAGGUUGCAAUAUAUUUCAAAAUUAUAUAAAACAAUAAGACUUGGUCUUGUCUCAAUAGAAAUGAUUAAUGAUAAAUUUAAAAUUCAUCCGAUUAUUCCAGGUGCAUUAAAAAAAUUUCUUUCUGUGGAAGAAGCAAAUAAUAUAUUUGAAAUGUUUAGAAAAGCUGAACAUCAAUUUAUGGAUUAUGCUAAUAGAAAUAGACAUUGCCAAGAUGUUUCACCUAUUAUAUAUGCUAUUGGUGAAAUUAAUAAAGAUAGAAAUAAUAUUAGUGGUGUUGGAUCAGUUAUUGAAUGUUAUGAUAAAGAUUCUGAUAAAUGGUUUAGAAAUGAUUCAACAAUUCUUCAAAGAAAACUUUUUGCUGUUGUAUAUGAUGGUAAUAGUAUUAUAGUAUUAGGAGGUAAUGAUGGAUCAAAUAAAUUAAAAUCUGUCUCUAAAUAUGAUAGAUUUACCCUAGAUUGGAAAACUUUACCAUCAAUGUUAUCAAGAAGAAGUGCUUUAUCUGCUGCAACAAUAAAUGGUGUUAUAUAUGCUAUUGGUGGUUAUGAUGGAUCUUCUUUCUUAAAUUCAAUGGAAUUUUUUAAUCCACAAACAUUAAAAUGGCAUCAAGGACCAUCUAUGACAAUGCAAAGGUCUGGUGCUGCUGUUGCUGUUUAUCAAGAUUUAAUAAUUGUUAUUGGAGGUAGAUGUGGACAAACAGUUCACAAUUCAAUUGAAAUAUUUUGUACAAGAAGAUUUCAAUGGAAAUUUUUAACAAAUGCAUUACAGGUUCCACGUUUUGGUCAUACAGCAACAAUAUUUAAUAAACAGAUAUUUAUUUUUGGUGGUAAUAAUGGUAAUGAAACACUAAAAUCAUGUGAAUGUUUUUUUAUUGAUCAUGAAAGAUCUUAUGAAUUUCCAUCACUUCAAUAUCCACGAGCAAAUGCUUCAUCACAUUUAGUUAAUAAUAGUCUAUAUGUCUUUGGCGGGUAUAAUGAUGAAAGAAAAUUAGGAAGUACAGAAAUUUUUAGUUUUAAAACAAAUCAAUGGAAUUUUGGACCAUUUCUUCGAUUUAUUGAAGGAAGUGUUCAAUCUGUUAUCAUUAAUACUAAUACAAGUCAAAUUUUUAUCAAAGACAAUGCAUAA